GGGGCGCUAUCUGCUGACGUCACCGGCUGCUUCCAUAGAAACGGGAUCUCAGCGCAGAGGAGACAGCACCGAGACCGAGAUCUCCGCCAUGUACCGCAAAGACAAGAGUAUACAGAUGAAGAGCAGCGCCUCCGCUCUGUACAAUAACCUCAGCGUAUUGCCGAUCGGUAACAAGAGUCUCACCUACUUUACUGUCGUCCAUGGCAACACUGUCAACAUGGUCAGCGCCUCUGCCGAUGGCCUCAACUUCUCCCACCGUCAGCUGCAGUCCAAGGAGGAAAGUGUGGCCCUCAGCUCGUCCCUCAUCACCCAGGCAUCGUGGUGUGUUCUGCCCUCCCGGGUGCUGCUGGUACUCGCCUCACAGAAAGGGAUUCAGAUGUACGAGUCUGAUGGCUCUAUAAUGGUGUACUGGCAUGCACUGGAUGCGCUGGAGACUCCGCAGGCUCAGGCAGUGUUCGCUCGCGGGAUCGCCCCGGCUGGAGGACGCUAUAUCUGUCUUAUGUUCUGCAGUGUCACUUGCUCCUCGGUGAAGCUCUGGGAUGGGAUGAUCGCAGCAGCCUAUGGUAGCGGACAGAUCCGAUUGUAUGACGCUGCCACUGGGGAUAUAACUGCGGAACUUGAUGCCCACGCCAGAUGGAUCUACACUCUGGAUAUAGCCCCCGAAUCUGGCAGAUUGCUGUCUGGGGCAGAAGAUUCCUUUGUGCAGAUCUGGCAGCUCAGUCGCUGCGCGGAGACUGGUGCCAUUGAGGUAGCACACCGUCACUCGGAGUGUGUGACGGACACUCAGGUAUGCGGGGCCCGAUUCUGCGACCCUCAGGGAACCUCCUUCGCUGUGACCGGCUAUGACCUGAGUGAAAUUAUCCGAUACGUGCAGGUCUGAGCCCCAUAGACUGCGUACAUAGGAAGGAGGAUUGGGGGGUCAUGGAGUACACUGGGCUGUAAUUGGAGCGUCUGGAGUCACAACAUAUGACCGCCAUCAGAACAUUGAUCUGUAACUUCCGGAACACAGAGAGGCUAUACCAGCUCUAGAGCCUACUGCAGUAGAUAGAACUAGGACAUUGGGCAUGUUCUUAUUUAGGUACACAACAUGGAUCUAGGAUUACAGAUCUAGAAGCCACCAGGAGCCGACAGAACAUUAGACAUCUGCGAUAUUCACAUUAUCAUCAUAGUUAUAUUUAUGUCAGCACCGUGACCUAAAACAUCUAGGAUUCCACUGGAUAGAGCUGUAGACAUCAGCAGCUAUUAUGUGAUCACCUUCAGGACAUUGAUCUAGAAUAUUUACAAACAAAGAGAAUAUACUGGAUCCAUCCAGGAUUACAGGACUAUGAACGACCUGGGAUAGAGAUAAUAUCUAGGAUUACAGGACUAUGAGCCACCUGUGAUAGAACAUCUAGGAUUACAGGACUAUGAACGACCUGGGAUAGAGAUAAUAUCUAGGAUUACAGGACUAUGAGCCACCUGUGAUAGAACAUCUAGGAUUACAGGACUAUGAGCCACCUGUAAUAGAGAGAACAUCUAGGAUUACAGGACUGCGAGCCACCUGGGAUAGAGAGAACAUCUAGGAUUACUGGACUAUGAACCACCUGGGAUAGAGAGAACAUCUAGGAUUACAGGACUAUGAGACACUUGGGAUAGAUAGGACAUCUAGGAUUACAGGACUGCGAGCCACCUGGGAUAGCUACGACAUCUAGGAUUACUGGACUAUGAACCACCUGGGAUAGAGAUAAUAUCUAGGAUGACAGGACUGUGAACCACCUGGAAUAGAGAGAACAUCUAGGAUUACUGGACUAUAAAUCGCCUGGGAUAGAUAGGAUAUCUGAGAUUACAGGACUAUAAAUCACCUGGGAUAGAUAGGAUAUCUGAGAUUACAGGGAUAGAUAGGAUAUCUGAGAUUACAGGACUAUAAAUCGCCUGGGAUAGAUAGGAUAUCUGAGAUUACAGGGAUGGAUAGGAUAUCUGAGAUUACAGGACUAUAAAUCGCCUGGGAUAGAUAGGAUAUCUGAGAUUACAGGACUAUAAAUCACCUGGGAUAGAUAGGAUAUCUGAGAUUACAGGACUAUAAAUCACCUGGGAUAGAUAGGAUAUCUGAGAUUACAGGGAUAGAUAGGAUAUCUGAGAUUACAGGACUAUAAAUCACCUGGGAUAAAUAGGGCAUCUAGGAUUACAGGACUGCAAACCACCUAGGAUAGCGAAAAAAAUAUAGGAUUACAGGACUAUGAGCCACCUGGAUUAGAUAGGACAUCUAGGAUUGCAGGAAUGCGAGCCACUUGGGAUAAAUAGAACAUCUAGGAUUGUGGGACUAUGGGGGUCAUUCCAGUUGAUCGCUCGCUAGCUAGUUUUAGCAGCAGUGCAAACGCUAUGCCGCCGCCCACUGGGAGUGUAUUUUAGUUUAGCAGAAGUGCGAACGAUAGGAUCGCAGAGCGCCUGCAAAAAGUUUUUGUGUAGUUUCAGAGUAGCUCAAAACCUACUCGGCGCUUGCGAUCACUUCAGACUGUUCAAUUCCGGAUUUGACGUCACAAACCUGCCCAGCCACGCCUGCGUUUUUCCGCACACUCCCAGAAAAUGGUCAGUUGCCACCCAGAAACGCCCACUUCAUGUCAAUCACUCUGCGGCAAGCAGUGCGACUGAAAUGCAUCGCUAGACCCUGUGUAAAACUACAUCGUUCGUUGUGCCCGUACGUCGCGCGUGCGCAUUGCGCCGUAUACGCAUGCGCAGAACUGCCGAUUUUUAGCCUGAUCACUGCGCUGCGAACAAAUUCAGCUUGCGAUCAACUCGGAAUGACCACCUAUAAACCAUCUGGGAUAGAUAGGACAUCUAGGAUUACAGGACUAUGAGCCACCUGGGAUAGAGAUAACAUCUAGGAUUAUAGGACUAUGAGCCACCUGUAAUAGAGAGAACAUCUAGGAUUACAGGACUAUGAGCCACCUGGAUUAGAUAGGACAUCUAGGAUUACAGGACUAUAAAUCACCUGGGAUAGAUAGGAUAUCUAGGAUUACAAGACUGUAAAUCACCUGGGAUAGAUAGGGCAUCUUGGAUUACAGGACUGCAAGCCACCUGGGAUAGCGAAAACAUCUAGGAUUACAGGACUAUGAACCACCUGGAUUAGAUAGGACAUCUAGGAUUGCAGGAAUGCGAGCCACAUGGGAUAGAUAGAACAUCUAGGAUUGCAGGACUAUAAACCAUCUGGGAUAGAUAGGACAUCUAGGAUUACAGGACUAUGAGCCACCUGGGAUAGAGAGAACAUCUAGGAUGACAGGACUAUGAGCCAUCUGUAAUAGAGAGAACAUCUAGGAUUACAGGACUAUGAGCCACCUGGGAUAGAGAGAACAUCUAGGAUGACAGGACUAUGAGCCACCUGGGAUAGAUGUGACAAUUAGGAUUACAGGACUAUGAGCCACCUGGAAAAGAUAGGACAACUAGGAUGACCGGACUAUAAACCACCUGGAUUAGAUAGGACAUCUAGGAAUACAGGACUAUGAGCCACCUGGAAUAGAUAGGACAUCUAGGAUUACAGGACUGUGAGCCACCUGGGAUAGAUAGGACAUCUAGGAUUACAGGAAUGUGAGCCACCUGUGAUAGGUAGGACAUCUAGGAUUACAGGACCGUGAGCCACCUGGGACAGAUAGGACAUCUAGGAUUACAGGACUGUGAGCCACCUGGGAUAGAUAGAACAUCUAGGAAUACAGGACUGGGAGCCACUAUGAGCUGGCAGCAGGUUAUUAUAGGUGACUAUCCCACAGUACCGAGAGAUGACAUCACUCCAUCAUAGGCUUCCAUCACCUCUUCUGUGUACUCCGCUCAUUGGUGGUACACAUGGACAAGGUGCUGUAUGGCUGGACCCCCUUCCUCCCUCUGGGAUUCACAUGAUGGGGUAACUAUUUAUAUAAUGAAUAUAUAGAGGUGUUUAUAUACAAGUGCAUUAAUGUAUUAAAAAUGUUUUACCAAC